AUGAAUAUGUAAAAAAGAACUAAUAUAAUAAAAAAUUCUCAAAUUACUGGUAAUAAUCCAAUAAUUGAUAGACUUCCAAAUCGAAAAUUUGGAUUAAAUUUAUAGAAUUUCAAAUCAUAAAAUAAUGAAAAUUCCAAGCCAUAAUCCAUUCCAGAAAAAAAAAGAUUAGAUUUUGAAUAAGAAUAUGAAACUAUAAAUUCUAAAGAUUCAAAUAAUCCAUGUUUAGUAUCCGAAUACCAACAAGAAAUAUUUAAAUAUCUUCAAAAAUAAGAAUAAUUAAAUAAAAUUGAUUAUACAUACUUAUUACAUUAACCUGAAAUUACAUCUUAAAUGCGUACAGUUUUAGUCGAUUGGCUUGUUGAAAUUCAUCUAUAGUUCAGAUUAUUACCAGAAACAUUACACUUAACUAUUUAUAUAAUAGAUAAAUAUUUAUCAAUAAAAAAAAUCGAAAAAUCUUAAUUAUAUUUAUUAGGUAUUACUUCUUUAUAUAUAUCAAGUAAAUAUGAAGAAAUUUAUCCUCCUUCUAUUGAACAAUUCAUUGAAACUUGUGAUAUUUCAUAAAAAGAAAUUCUAGUAUUUGAAGGAGAUAUAUUAAAAAAUUUAAACUUUAAAAUAACAGUGCCAACAUCUUAUAGAUUUGCUAUAUGGUAUUCCAGAAUUGGAUAGCUUAAUACAUAUGAUGUUUGCUUUGUUUAAUAUUUACUUGAUUUGGCUCUUGGAGAUUAUAGAUAUUUGAAAUAUCCUGUAAGUAAAAUUGCAGCUUCAGCUGUUUUUUUAUGUAAUAAAAUAAAAAAGUAAACUGUAGCUUGGAAUCCCCUUCUUAAAUAUGAUAGUGGAUAUUCGGAAUAAUAAUUAAUGGACUGUGUAAAAGAUUUAAUUUUUUCAUUGAAGCAUGUCCAUGAAAAUAAUUGUUAAGCAAUUAAAAAAAAAUAUUAAAGGGAAGCUUUUUAACGUGUAGGGAAUAUUUAAUUAAUUGAUAAACGAAAAAAGGAUGAAUGA